CCCAAGCAUCAUGGGAAUCGAAUCGCAGAUGGAGUAACAUUGAAAACCUUCCCAAACCAGAGAAACUAGAGUUCGAACCAUGGAAUGCCAUUCUCGACACUUACAUGAACAUGAAAAGAUGGCAGAGGGAAACAAGAAGACUGCCAAGAAAAGAUGGGAGCCGGAACCCGGUUCUGGCCCGGGGUAUUGGCCGGUACUCCCGCUCUGCCAUGUACGCCCGACGGGCUAUGUACAAGCGCAAGACCAAGACAACUGAGACCAAGGUUGAGAAAAAGCUCAGAAUUAAGCCCAAGGCCACAGUUGUCAAGACUGUUGGAGGUGACAAAAAUGGAGGCACUCGUGUUGUCAAGCUGCGCAAGUUGCCCCGCUACUACCCCACAGAGGACGUUCCCCGCAAACUGAAAAGCCAUGGGAAGAAGCCUUUUUGCCAACACAAGAGGAACCUGCGCUCCUCCAUCACCCCAGGAACUGUACUUAUCCUGCUCACUGGUCGUCACCGUGGAAAGCGUGUGGUGUUUCUGAAGCAGCUUGCCAGUGGUCUCCUGCUUGUCACUGGCCCUCUCGCUUUGAACAGAGUCCCCCUGCGCAGAGCUCACCAGAAGUUUGUCAUUGCCACCAAAACCAAAGUUGACAUCUCUCGCAUGAAGGUCCCCAAAAAUCUUAACGAUGCCUACUUUAGGAAGAAGAAGCUGAGGAAGCCCCGUCAUCAGGAGGGAGAAAUCUUUGAUACAGAGAAAGAGAAGUACCAGUUGACAGAGGAGAGGAAAGCAGACCAGAAAGCAGUUGAUGCACAGCUCCUGCCUCUCAUCAAGAAAACACCUCAGCUGGCAGGAUACCUGCACACUACUUUCUUCCUGUCAAAUGGAGUCUUUCCACACAAGCUGGUUUUCUAAAUGUGUUGUAAUAAAGAGUACCACCAUCUAA